AUGGAAGAAGUUAAAACAGAUUUUGAAGAUAGAUCAACUAAAAAGAUUAGAUUAGAAGAUGGAGAUGCUGUUACUGUUGCCGUUUCAAAUGAUAACAAUGAAGAUAAAAUAGAUAAAAUAGAUACAACUACAACUACAGAUAAAAGUGAGGAUUCAACUGUUACAGCUACAGACGAUUCAUUGAAACCAAAGGAUUGUGUUGCUACAGAGAGUAAAAAAGUGAAUUUAGUCGUCUUUGGUCUACCAAAGUUUAUGGAUAACACCAAAUUCCAGAAAUUAUUAAAGAAAAACGAUACUAUUGUUGUAAAAGCUAAAAAGAUAUAUCGUGAAACAUUUGCAAUCGUUACAUUAGAGAAUGCAGAAUUGGCACAAUCAUUCACAGAGAAAUAUAAUAAUAUGGAGGUCGAAGGAUCAACUCUUGAAGUAAGAGAAAAACAAAGUCAAGCCGAAAGAGGUAAAGGCGCCAACGAUAAUAACAACAGCAAAAAAAGAGAUAGAAAUGGAAACAAUACAAACAACAAUAAUAACAAUAAUAACAAUAACAAUAGUGGUGGUAGUGGAUUAAAAUUGAUUGAAGAUAUUACAAAUCCAUGGCACAAAUUGGAAUACUCAGUACAAUUGGAAAAGAAAGAAGCAAAUGUAACAAAUGUAUUACGUGAUAUGACAUCUUCCAUUAGAAAGGAGUGUACAUCUCAACCUCAAUGGCUACAGGCACUGAAGGGACGUGUUGUCGCUUGUCCACUCGAAGAGAUUGUUCCAUCGCCAGAGACUUCACACUAUCGUAACAAGACAAGUUAUACUAUUGGUCGUUUGGAGGAUGGAAAUCCAUGCGUUGGUUUCGCACUUGGUCGUACCGGUAAUGGUGUCACUGUUGUCGGUGAUCCAACUCCAUGUCUUAUUAUUUCAGAGCGUUCAAACGCCAUCCGUUUGCACCUCCAAGAGUAUAUCCGCGCGCAUCCACGUCCACCAUUCGACAAGACCACACACACUGGAUUCUGGCGUCAGUUGAACGUGCGUGAUUUCACUACCGGCCAAACAAUGGCAACCGUACAGUUCAACCACCGUGGACUCUCAGAGGAGGAAAUCACCGGCGAGUGCAACCAACUGAUUGAGCUGUUUGCACGUGCCAAAGGAACCAAGGCAGAAGUUACCAGCUUGUCCGUCCAGCUCUACGAUGGCGUCUCCAAUGCCGCGCCAGUCGACUUGCCAGUCAAGAUAAUCGACGGACCGGAAACCAUCGUUGAGAAGCUGCUUGGCAAGGAAUUCCACGUGUCUUCGAACGCCUUUUUCCAGGUCAACAGCAAAGCUGCGGAAUCGCUGUUUUCCAAGGUCACCGAAUGGGCCGGUGUCAACGAGCGUAGCAUCGUUCUCGACGUCUGCUGCGGUACAGGAACAAUCGGCCAAUGCAUCUCAGACAAAGCCAGACACGUCUACGGUUUGGAGAUGGCACCGGAUGCCGUUGCCGAUGCUCGCGUCAACGCAGAGCGCAACGGAAUCAAGAAUAUCGACUACAUCGUUGGCAAGGCAGAGGAUACCACCGACAAGCUGUUGCAGAUGAUCCACCAGAACUACCGCGAUGCCAAAGACGGAGAGAUCAUUGGAAUCGUCGAUCCACCACGUGCCGGUCUCCACCAGAAUGUCAUCAAAUCGCUUCGUACGCUCGAGACCAUGAAGAAACUGGUGUACGUGUCGUGCAACCAAAACUCAUUGAUUGUAGAUGCCGCACGUCUCUGUAAAAGUAUAACCAACACCAUGAAAGGUACACCAUUCAGACCUGUCAAGGCAAUCGCUGUAGAUUUAUUCCCACACACCGAACACUGUGAAGUAGUUGUUUUAUUUGAAAGAAUUAACAUGGCUGAUACCACAACAAAAUCAACAUCAUCAACAACAUCAACAACAACAACAAAAGAAGAACCAAUAACAAACACAGAAUCAACAACCAAAAUAGAAACAACAACACCCAGCAAUGACAACCCAAUUUUACCAGAAAAAGAAGAAUAA